AUGAAAGCAUUGCGCUUUGCCUCAUUUUUAUUGAUUACGCAUUCCUUGAUAGCCAAUGUUGAAUCCUUAAUAGCAGCACCUAGACGAUCGACAAGCUGUGCAUUCCUCAAGGGCAAAAUCUACUGCUUUGGUGGAGACUUGCCUACCAAUGGACUGGCUGCUGACAACUCUUUACUUACACUAGACCUCACAAUCAGUCAUACUACUUCCAUCAGCAGUGAAUGGCAAAUGAUUACAAAUGCGGAAAAUGUAGAUAUCGCAGCUGGAGCAAGAGGCACGGCUCAAACAGCCGUCUAUGGUGAUGGAGAUACUAUGGUUAUCAGUGGUGGCUAUACUACAUCCACAACACCUAUUAUUCAAACCAUUGCUUAUUCGGCUAGCUCUAAUUCUUGGAGAGCCAUCGAUAAAUACAUUGAUGGUGCCAAUGGCGAGAGACAAAUAUACUGGGGUAGCUGUAUAUAUGUGCCUACACAACAAAAGUUUUACUUUUACGGUGGUAUUGAACAAAAUCCGCAUCAAGACUGGUACCUGGAUACCGCAACCAACACUAAUUUCACAAACAUCAUCACAAAUCCAAACAAGACAUCUAGUCCUGUUGGAUACUACCGGAUGACCACCCUUGACCUAGGUUUUUAUUCUACAUGGAGCGUCAUACCCUCCCAGAAUCAAUUUGUCCCCAGUUUAGGCCAUCUUUUGCAGACUGUCAUCUUUCAUCCUGAUUCACAGACACUGUAUUACUUUGGUGGAUUGUACAAUAAUUUAACAAAUCUCAUCCCUAACUCUGUAUCUCAAUCAUUUGCUCAAGCAAUGACGUUCAAUACAGUGACAAAUACCUGGGGAGUCAAACCCUUCACAGGGGAUGUUCCUUUGAAGCGAGUGCAUCAUACGACGACGCUCUUGCCCUCUAAUCAGGAUGUUCUGCUAUAUGGCGGCACAACAGAUGAGUCGAAUCCAGCUGUUUCUGACUUUUGCUAUGUUGCCAAUUUGCAAACAUUUACCUGGAAAUCACAUAGCAGCUAUCUCUCACUGCCUAAGAAUGAAAUACCUGCCAGAGCAGAACAUUCAGCUGUUCUCGUCGGCACCAACCUGUUUAUCUUGUUUGGCUAUGUAACUGAUCAAGGUGCGAUGACAAGCGAUACAGUGCUUAUACUCGAUGUGACCAAUCCCGAAAAGCUUUCUUUCGUCAGCCAAUACGCAGGACUGUACGGCAAUGCCAAUGCAAGCAAUGUGGGCGCUAUUGCUGGUGGCGUGGUUGGUGGCGUAGGCGGCUUAUUGCUUGUAGCUGCCGUUGUGUUCUUUUAUAGAAAAAAGAAGAGAUCUCAAGCCGAAGCCAACAAAUCUUCAUCCAAUUCAGUCAGUGGCAACGAACCUCAGGAACCCGUAUUUGUUGAUUGGGAAGAUAUUGAAAAGAAGUUUACUCCUCAUCCCGUUAGACAAAGUACCAAUUUCUCCCCCAUGAUAACACCAAAUACGAUGAAUAUUGUGGUCGCUAAUGAUAACAAAUACUACCCUCCUAACGAGGUUGAGGUACCUCAUGAAAAGACGCUGGUCGAGAGAAAUAAAAGUCUUACCAUAGGGCUUUCGCCUGCCAUGACAAACGCCUCGGCUUCACCCUCAGCCAGCACAAUGGUGUCACCUUAUAGUCCUGGAUUUAGGCAGUCUACUGUGCUCUCAUCGCCUGAUGUCUCGCAUGUUACCACUCCUACUAUCAACGCUACCACUGUCGCUGGUUCUCAGUCGCCCAAUGUGCACAGCCACCAAGACGAUCUACUCAUUUCUCAAGGCUUUACCAACAUCACAAAGCCCGAUGUUGGAAGUAGUUAA